GAGGGCGGGCGGUGCGGCAUGGCGGCGUAGCGGGGCAGCAUGGCGCUGCUGCGGCUGCGGGCGGCGCUGCUGGGCCCGGCCCGGCUGAGGGGAGGCGGGAUCCCAUGGAGCGUCCUCAGGUGUUACUCCUCAGCCAGCGCCAAGGAGAAGGCGAGGAGAAACGCCAUCUGUGAGAGGACGGAGCUGCUGGAAGUACUGAAAGCUCGAGUGAAACAACUCCAAACCAGUAACAUCCCAGAGGUGACCAUCAACAAAGUGGAACUGGCACCAGUGCAGAGUGACAGGCACCACAACCCGCUGCAGAAAGUAGUGGAUGCCCGUACAGCAGUGGAGCACCUGGUCCCCAAACAGUCCAGCAGCUGGACAGAAAAGCUGAAGAAGGAAAUGUACAUCCGGCAGCUGAAGGUGGAGAAGAAGCUGUCUAUUGCAGCCUCCCAGAUGACUCCAGAGGGCCAGCCCAAGGUCAAAACAAAAGUCAAGGUGAAGACAAAGGUGAAAGCAAAGGCAAAGACAAAGACCAAAUCCAAAGCCAAAUCCAAGAAGAGCCAGAAGAGCCCAAAGGCUACAGCAAGUACUUCCAGAAACCAGAGCCACGCUGGUCCCAGCAGUGCUAACACCUACCAUAAGCCCAGGGUGGAAGAAAUGAAGCAAGAUGUGAAAGCACAGAAGCCUCAACGUGUGCAUGAGGAUAGGAGCAGCCAGCGCAAGAUCAUGCAGCAGACCAACCAGUCUAAUCUUGAGUGCCUCCUGUACUUACAGCAGCCAGAGGAGGCUGAGAAGUUGCUCCUACUGUAUCACAGCAACCCCAUGAAAAGGAAACUUUUGAAUGUUGAUGCAUACAACGUCGUGAUGCGUGGCUGGGCAAGGAAGGGCUGCUUGCACCGUGUCAUCCAUCUGUUUUCCAUGCUGGAGUCCAUCAGCCUGCGGCCCAACCUGGACUCCUAUGCAGUACUGCUGGAGUGCAUGACACAGAGCCAGGCAUCCACCAAAGCCAUCUGGAGGUGUGUGCAGCACCUGAAGAAAGAUGGUUUCCACGUGGAUGAGCUCUUCCAAAAGUGCCUGUUUGAGGGAGAUGAGAAGGAGAUGGUGCUGAAGGCCAUCAGGAUUAUCCAGCCUGACUACCAGCUGCCCCCUCCACCCAAACCCGAGAUCUGCAAGACUGCUUUGCUCAAGAACUUCUACUCUGAGGAGAAGAUGGUGUCGUAUCCCAAGCUGGAUUUCACUGUGCAGGAGCUGAGGGAGCGCUUCCAGCAGCAGCUGGAGAUGGAGCUGAACAGCACCAUAACCAUCGAGUCAGUGGAGUCAACCAAACCUCUGACUCCACAAGCCAUCAAAGCGCGCCAGCAGUUGGCCACCUUUCGUUCUCAGUGGCGUGGUGCCAUUCUUCAGGCCCUGCAGAAGUCAAAGCACAACAUGUCCCAGGUCAAGACAAUGUCAGGGCACAGCGUUCUCUACCCCUACCUGUGUCUGCUGCCUGAUGAGGAGUACGUGGACAUCAUGAUGCAGAUUCUCAACAGCCUUUCUCCACAAGGAGAAUCCCUGGCUGUUUUAGCCAGGGAGCUUGGCUCCAAAGUCUACAACAGAUACCUCACCCAGAGGAAGCUGCACAGUGGUCAGCUCGAGAAGGUGCAGGAGAUCUACAAGAACUAUAUCCACCUGCUGGCAAAGGAUAGCCAGCCUAGUGAGUACUUGCCACGGGAGUACUGGGAGAAACUGGUGGCAGAAGCAGGCUAUGGGCCUUCCCUGAACUUAAAGGACUGCAGCUGGCCGUAUGUGCUCCUGAUGCGCCUGGGAAUGUACUUGCUGGAGAUCCUGGUGCAUGCUGUCAAGGUGCCCAGGAACACCCUUAACCCUCGCCUACCAUCCAAGCUUAUCCCUGUCCUCUACCACAUCUACUCCUUCCGCAGCAGCUGGCAGGUUGGGCUGAUAAAGCCCCAUCCCAUUUUCUCCCAGAUUGUGUCAGACGCUGCAGAGACCAUGCUGACCUUUAACUCCUCUGCCAUACCCAUGCUGUGCCCCCCUGUCCCCUGGACCUCCCCACACUUCGGUGCCUUUGUCCUGAGUGACACCAAACUGAUGCGUUACGUGGAUGGGGCCAUCCAGCACCAGCAGCUCUUGGACCAGUGUCCUCAGGUGAACCUCCACCCCGUGCUGGAUGCCUUGAACCAGCUGGGCAACUGUGCAUGGAAGAUUAACCAGCCAGUGUUGGAUAUAAUCAUCUCCAUCUUCAAUGACAAAGGCAAUGAGAAGCUGGACAUCCCACCACCCGUCUCUGAGGCCCCCAAGCCUCCUGUCUCUCCCAGCAGUUCCUCUGCCUUGCACAAGUCCCAGAAGCAUGAGUUGUUGCUGUGCAAGAAGAAGGCAGCUGAGAUGCACAGUUUGCGCAUGGAUGCCCUCUAUAAGCUCUCCAUUGCCAACUAUGUCAGGGACAAAGUGUUUUGGUUUCCUCACAACAUGGAUUUCCGUGGCAGGACUUACCCUUGUCCACCUUAUUUCAAUCACUUGGGUAACGAUGUCACUCGUGCCAUCCUGCUCUUUGCAGAGGGAAGGCCUCUGGGGCCAAAGGGCCUCGACUGGCUGAAGAUCCACCUCAUUAACCUCACAGGGCUGAAGAAGAAGAAUGCCUUGCAGGAGCGCUUGGAUUAUGCCAAUGAAAUCAUGGAGGAGAUCCUGGACUCUGCUGACCACCCUCUCACGGGCAGGAAGUGGUGGAUGAACACUGACGAACCCUGGCAAGUCUUGGCGUGCUGCAUGGAAAUUGCCAAAGCCUCGAGGUCACCAGAUCCAGCUGCCUUCAUCUCUCAUUUCCCUGUUCACCAGGAUGGCUCUUGCAAUGGUCUGCAGCACUAUGCAGCGCUUGGCCGGGACCUCAUAGGUGCAAUCUCUGUCAAUUUGAUGCCCUGCAAUGUCCCUCAGGAUGUCUACAGUGCGGUGGCCCAGCAGGUGGAGGAGUUUAGGAAGAAGGAUGCCGAGGAAGGGUUGAGAAUUGCCCAGGUGCUGGAAGGGUUCAUUGGUCGCAAGGUGGUGAAGCAGACGGUGAUGACGGUGGUGUACGGUGUCACACGCUAUGGUGGGAGGCUGCAGAUGGAGAAACGUCUGAAGGAGAUUGAGUUCCCUGAGGAGUACCUAUGGGAGGCAUCUCACUACCUCGUAAAGCAGGUGUUUAAUGGCAUCAAGGAGAUGUUCUCAGCGACUCGAGAUAUCCAGAACUGGCUGACGGAGAGCGCCAAGCUCAUUGCACAGUCAGGACGGACAGUGGAGUGGGUCACCCCGCUGGGUCUCCCCAUCGUGCAGCCCUACUAUCGGAUCAGGCCCACUGUGUUGACUUGCAGCAUGCAGAACUUGAGUGUGAAAAACUCCAGCAACAACAACCAGAAGCCUGAUACAGUGAAGCAGAAAAACGCCUUCCCACCCAACUUCAUCCAUUCCCUGGACUCGACCCACAUGAUGCUCACAGCUCUGCACUGCUUCAGGCAGGGUCUGACCUUUGUCUCAGUCCACGAUUGCUACUGGACUCAUGCACUCACUGUGGACAUCAUGAACGAGAUCUGUCGGCAGCAGUUCGUGGCUCUGCACAGCCAGAAGAUCCUGGAGGAUCUGUCCAAGUUCAUGCUGGAGAAUUACUGCAGCCCUGACAGAGAGAGCAGAGCCCUUUGGCAGAAGAAGCUGAUGGAGCAGCUGUCAAAUGUCCCCAAAACAGGUGAAUUCAACCUGAACAAAGUAAUAGACUCCACCUAUUUCUUCAGCUGAGCCCCAGCAGCCAGUGGAGCCCUGGACCACCUCUGGAAUUCAGCUGCCUAGAGGUGAUGGUAGGCGCUGGCCCACAGAGCUCUGCUGUCCUGCAGCUCAUGGGGGAACAGCCCAGCAAAACACACCUGCACAAAAUGGAGAUGCUGGGGGCGAAGUGGGACUGCUGGAGGAGUGUAGGAGCAGCUGUGGGGGGCUGCUGGAGUUAGAGGUGGGUCUGUGCUGUUUGCUGCUACUGCCUGCGUCUCAGCCUAAGGAGCUGGAGAGGGCUGCAGAGAUGCAGUGUGGGGUCAGGGAUUAGGUGGGGUUGGCUUUCUGCAAUCCUCGCCCUGACGUAAGAUGUCUGUGCUACCCCUGCCAGCUCCAGAGCUGGCUUGGAUGUCACCUGUGUCCCUUGCCAGGAAUGUGUUUAAAUUCUGCUUGCUGGGUCUCAGGCAGAGGAAGAAAUCACUAGCUCAGGGGUGGAGAUGUACAGUACUGUAAAUAAAACGUUUUUUGAAAUACAA